AUGAAAGAAAGAAAAAAGAACAGGCAGAGGCAGAGUCACUUAAAGCAUAUGGUAAGUGCAAAAAAAAUACAGCAUGGGAGUCCUGACAGCUCUAUAUAAGCUUCCAUGCAUACAGUAAGCUUCAAUGCAACUCUGAUAUAUUAAGGUUUUAUUGAUCCAAUAAGUUUAGUAGCUAGCUAGUGUCAUAUGUCCCGUGUAGCUCAGUUGGUAGAGCAUGGUGCUUGCAACGCCAGGGUUGUGGGUUCGAUACCCAUGGGGGACUAGUAGGGGAAAAAAAGUAUGAAAAUGUAAGUCGCUCUGGAGAAGUGUCUGCUAAAUGACGUAAAUGUAAAUAUGUCUCUGGAAUGCAUGUGCUCUAGCUGCAGAUGCAUUGCGCAACGACAAGGCUGCUUGUCUACUUGAUCAACGCCAACUGAAGGAUGAGCGUCUGCUGCAGGGAGCCAUAGAGGACUUCAGACUGAACUUCCAGCCGCGGUGGAGUCGGCGAGAGUAUGACUUGAGCAACCCGGACAAAAUUAGGGAUCAGGAGGGGAUCCAGAUGCUGCCGGGGCUGGUGGGUGAGGACCCAGACAGCCAGGGGAGGCUGAAGAAUCAGCAGGAGCAGCUCAGAGAGUGGUCCGUCCAGCAGCAGCAUGAGCUGGCCACAGCACGACACCAGCAGAGACAGGAAGGUAGGCUACAACCCAACCCAACACAACCUGUCCUGUUGCUAGACUCUGAUACACUCACUGCCUCCUCUCAAAACACACUCUGUACCUGCAGAGCAGCAGUAUGACCAGGACAGAGUGGACCUGGACAACAAAGCUCUCCAGCUCCAAAAAAUCGAGGAGGAGAGGAGGAGAGCCAUAGCCCUGGCUACAAAGAAUUUCAAUCUGACAAAGGUGAGUCAUUAUUCUUUACCUGAUGCUUAACCAGGUGUGGUUGUCAAACUGGCAAAGGUGAGUCAUUAGGAUUGAUGGCACUGAAUCUAACCAGGUGUGAUUUGUAUGUGGGGGAACAGAAGGUCAUUCUGUCAACUGUGUGAUAUUUUCUCUGUCUGUUCCCAGGCAGCAGAGAAUGCAGAGAAGCGGUGGAAGGAGUGGCAGCAGCAGGAGGAGGACAACAGGACAGACAUCCUGAACCAGCUGCAGGGGGACCUGCUGAGUGAGAGCCAGGAGCAGGGCAUCAGUGUGCUGGGUCUGUCCCGCCUCAGGCCCGACAGCUACAAGGGCCUCACGGACGAGCAGCUGCAGCACAUCAUUGACUGCCAGCAGCAACAGAUAGAGGAGAAUAGGGUACAUCUACCUUGUUUACCUUGAGCAGAGAUGUAUUUAUUGCAGUACAUUGUGCUCUCUCUUCUAAAAGAGGACAAAAGGCGUAGAUCGCAACACCCAUAAAUGGUGUUAACCUUCUCUUCAUGUUUGGUGCAGAGAAUUCAGGCUGAGCAGCAGCAGCAGGAGCUCCAGCAGGACCUGUUCCGUGUGGCCUCGGCUCGCACCGCCCUACUACUGGAGAGACGGCAGGCCCGCAUCAACAAGCAGCUCCGUCGCACCCUGGAUAACACCAACGCACAGCUGGCUGAGGCCCACCAGGAACAGUAAGACGCUUUCCAUAUGUUAAGGUUUAGACACAUGGAUGCACCUGUAUACCUUUUGCUUUGUUUGAUGUUGCACUGUCAGGCUUCAUUACUGUACAGUAUGAUUGUUUGUCACAUUUUCUUUUGUAACACUUCUGUGCUCAGAAAUAAUUAAAUUGUGCAGAAGAAACUGAUCAACAGGAUUCGAACAGUUAAUGGACACAUGAUCAACUAGGAGCUCAAUUCAAUCCGUAUCCCGCGUUAUCGCUCGAUUGAAAUUUAAAGGCAAUGUUCACAGAGACUGCAUUCACAGUAAACACUGCAUAUGUCGGCUCAAUCGCAAAUUACCUUUACAUUUUAACGCUGAUCUUCUGCAAUACGGAUUGACUCCAGCCCUAGAGCUUGUUGACCUGCCCAUAGCACUGCAUAGACGACAUAUCAAAUGCCUACAGUUUUGUUCUUGAUAUCAGUUAUAGACAAAUGCAUUCCUCUCUUCUCAGGAAAAAGUAUCUGGAGAAGGUGUACACUAACAUCCCAGAUGACAGUUACUUCUCCCAGUUCAACACCAGCAGUCGAUAA